AUGAAAGAAAUCUUUAAUUUAAAAACCAGAGCAGGCCCAAUUUUGGCUAAAAGAAUAAAUAAAUAUAGCGAAGCCCAUUGGAGAGUGGCAAUGGCCAUGGGUGGCGCGAUGGACGCCUGCGGGCGGUGCAUGAAGGUCUCUCUGGUCGUCGUUAACAUGUUGACAUUUGUGCUCGCGCUUAUUUUUUCAUGUGGAUUAUUCGUGAAAAUAGAG